UUUUAGAAGAGGUUGAGUCGAAUCGAUAUGUCACGUGAAUCAGGCGAAGGUACUCUCAUGUGAUCCUCCCAGUUUUUCGACGGCUCACAGCAAUUCGUGCGCGAUAACGUGAAUGGUUCCUUAGUUUUGUGUUUAUUUGUGAAUUUGAAAAGAGAAUAUAAUAAAAAUAAAAAAAUGGGCGCAUCUGCAUUACCUGUAAUAGCUUUCACGCUCCUCUGGGGUGUUGUAUUGUUCUUAGGAAUAGCCUUACCACUUUUCGUUCCCAAGGGACCAAACCGUGGGAUAAUGCAAGUUUUGUUGAUACUGACGGGUUUCACGUGUUGGUUGUUCUGGUUAUGUUGCUACAUGGCACAGAUGAAUCCAUUGAUUGGACCAAAGUUAGAUAAUGUAACAGUGGCAGUUAUGGCUCGAGAAUGGGGCAAUCUUCUUACCGGAUAAUUUGCUGAACAUUCUAAUAUAUGUAUGAAUACUGAAUGGAAACUUUUAAUU